UUUUUUUUUAAAUCUAUAUAUAUUUCUUUUCUAGAAAAAUGGCCUGUACACAUAUUAACACCACUAGAUUUUCUCCUCCUUCAAUUUAUACUCGUGUUCAUAAAGAAGAAUGUACACAAUGCUUUGAUUCUCAAGACUUGGCUGAAGGAAUUGACGUAUGUCUUACGUGUUUUAAUGGUGGUUGUAUUUCUACAGAACGUCAACAUGCAAAACUUCAUUAUAACAAAACUGACCAUCCAUUAGCUGUAAAUAUUCGACGCGUCAUCAAAUCCAAAAGGGAUGAAGGAACGCCACCUCCACAGAAAAUGAGCAAGUUAGCCAUUGUACCUGAGGAUACUGAACCUUCUUAUGAUUACAUUACAAAAGUACGCUGUUAUGCAUGUAAUGGCAUGGAAACAACAAAAGACACUAAUACUGAGAUAUCUUCUAUUGUUGAUGCUAUACUAUUGGCAACGUCUUCAGCACGUCAAUCAGAUGUUAAAGCAUGGGAAGAAGAUAUCACUGCAUGUGAACAUACUCUCUGUCUUACGCAAGAAGAACCUCGAAGAUUGGAACAACAAUCUCUGGCUCAUUGUACAAAAUGUGAACUUAAUGAAAACCUCUGGUUAUGUCUGACUUGUGGUAAUCUGGCUUGUGGUCGAAAACAUUAUGAUGGCUCUGGUGGAAAUAAUCAUGCUGUUCAGCAUUUUACUGAAACCGGUCAUUCAAUUGCUUGUAAACUUGGUACAAUUACUCCUGAAGGCACUGCUGAUAUUUAUUGUUAUACUUGUGAUGAUGCAAAACUGGAUAAUGAUCUCUCUACACAUCUCGCCAAUUGGGGAAUCAACGUCCUACAUCAAUCCAAAACAGAAAAAAGCAUGACCGAAUUGCAAUUAGAACAAAAUCUCAAAUUUGAUUUUAGUAUGACAACUGAAGAUGGAAAACAGUUAGAACCGAAGUUUGGACCCGGGUAUACUGGUAUUAAAAACCUUGGGAACAGUUGUUAUAUUGCUUCCAUUUUGCAAGCUGUAUAUGAUAUUCCAAAUUUCCAGACUCGUUAUGGACAACAACUAGCUGAUCAUGCACUAUCAUGUUCAAUUGAAGAUCCUGCUAAUUGUUGGUACUGUCAACUUUUCAAGAUUGCUGAUGGACUUUUAUCCGGACGUUAUUCUCAACCUCAUCCAUCAUCCGAUAAUAACGAUGUGCCUACUCAAGAUGGUAUUUCUCCUGGAAUGUUCAAAUCACUAGUUGGAAAAGGACACGAAGAAUUCUCUACCAUGCGACAACAAGAUGCCUACGAAUUUCUCCAGUUCUUUUGCAAGACUAUUUCUCAAAAGGAACAUUCGAACAAAGGACAAGAUCCUACAAAGGUGUUUGACUUCAAUUUAGAACAUCGAUUACAAUGUGGGAAAUGUCACAAGGUGCGGUAUCAAACCAAUGAAAACAGUAGUAUAUCGAUCAAUAUUCCAGCACGCAAGAUAGGUGAAUCCGAUAACAACAAAGUUGAAUAUGAAGCCGUUGAUUUUUAUGAAUGUAUGGAUCUUUACACUAAAAAUGAAACUGUAGACGAUUAUCAAUGUCCAAACUGCAAAGAAAAAACAGUGGCCCAAAAAUCUGUCAAGUUCAAAACAUUCCCACAAGUUUUGGUUAUUCAUGCACGAAGAUUUGCUUUUGUGGACUGGGUACCUCAAAAACUAGACAUCAGGAUUAAUUUCCCUGAAGGAUUAAUUAAUCUUGACAAGUAUUUAGCUCAAGGCAAACAAGAUGAUGAAGAACUUUUACCAGAUGAUGAAACAACAGAACCUGAAUUUGAUGCUGCAGCUUUGGAUCAAUUGAUGGCUAUGGGCUUUGGUUUAAAUCGAUGUAAACGGGCUCUAUUCAACACUGGCAACAAUGGGGCUGAAAUAGCUAUGAAUUGGUUAUUUGAACAUAUGGAGGAUCCUGAUAUUGAUGAUCCUUUGGAAACCAAUACAAAUCAAUCUAGUGGUACACAAGAACCUUCUGCUGACCAAAUCACAACAUUAUGCGAAAUGGGCUUUGCUCCUGCCCAAGCCAAAAAAGCAUUACGGGAAACGAAUAAUGAAACGGAACGAGCAUUGGAUUGGUUAUUUAAUCACCCUGAUGAUCAAGGCGAAGAACAAGAUGAAUUUCAAGGAUCAAAUGAGAUUAUGGCGGGUGAUGAUAGUCCUCCAUUCAAUUACAUUAUUAAAUCAUUCGUCUCUCAUAAAGGAACAUCCAUUCAUUGUGGACAUUAUGUUGCUCACGUUCUCAAAGAUGGACAAUGGACAUUAUUCAAUGAUAAUAAGGUAGCAUUAUCUCCAAACCCUCCUAUUGGUGAAGGAUAUCUUUACUUCUUCGAUCGUAGAACUAGUUAGAUAGUUACUUAGUAGUAG